UGUGGGAGGAAAGAAUGAAUCCAGGGGAACUGAGUCAGCAGCUGCUGCGGUCCCUCUCGGCUGCUCCCCACAACUUCCGUGGCUCGACUUAAGCCCCAUUAAUAAAUGUUAACUUUUUUUUUUUUUAACUUAACACGGAAAGCGUGAACUGCGUUAGUGCGGAGCAAGAGGCGUCUUUUGGGGGAGUGAGACUGAAGAGGACCAUCUUGAAUCGCUGAGACGUCGUUUACCCCGAGGCUUCAUGUCUCUCAGAGUUUCAGGCAUGAGCGUUUUUCCUCCGGUUCGCCGGGACCGGAUCAUCGCUCAGCUGCCUCAGGCUUUCAGAAAGGAGGUGGCUCUUCACGUUACGGAAGAAUUCAACAAUAAAGUGAGAACGGCCUGCCAGGAGCAGCGGACCGGCACUGUGGGAUUUAAAAUCUCCAAGGUCAUCGUGGUCGGUGAUCUGGCUGUGGGGAAAACCUGCCUGAUUAAUAGAUUUUGCAAGGAUGCCUUUGAUAAGAACUACAAGGCGACCAUCGGUGUUGACUUUGAGAUGGAGCGCUUCGAGGUGCUCGGCGUCCCUUUCAGCCUGCAGCUUUGGGACACUGCAGGCCAGGAAAGGUUCAAGUGCAUCGCCUCCACUUACUACAGAGGAGCUCAGGUUGUGAUAAUCGCGUUUGACGUGAAUGACAUCGCCUCUCUGGGCCACGCCAGGCAGUGGCUGGAGGAUGCCUUGAAGGAGAACGACCCCACCAGCGUUCAGCUCUUCCUCGUCGGCACAAAAAAGGACCUGAGUUCUCCUGCUCAGUAUUCCCGGAUCGAACAAGAUGCCGUGAAAUUUGCGAGAGAGAUUCAUGCCGAGUACUGGGCUGUCUCAUCGCUGACGGGGGAAAACGUCAAAGAGUUCUUCUUUCGAGUCGCCGGUUUGGCCUUUGAGACAAACGUUCUCGCCGAGUUGGAGAAAAGCGGAUCGAGACAGAUUGGCGAUGUUGUCAGAAUUAACAGCACUACAAGCAAUCUGUGCACCACAACAAAGAAGAAGCAGGCCAACUGCUGUCAGUAAGGAUGGGAUAACGGUUUUUAAAAACACAAAAACAAACGCACAGACUCUGAAUGAGACUUUUUCCUCGGCGGUGGAUGAGUGUGGCUGCCGUCCAGCUUAGUUGGGAGGAUUUCUGUGGCCAGAAAAGGAGGGGAGCAUUUCAUGGCAUGUUUAAAGUCUGUAUUAUUAUUAUUUUUUUCCUGACCAGCAGGAAAAGUGAGAAUAUUUGUGGUGGACUUUAAACACAGAGCGAUAGCGCUGCCAUCAAACUGCCAAAGAGUUUUCAGAUUCUUACUCAGCUUGUAGCUCCAGUUUUGCUGCUGUAGAGUUUUUCAGAACCAAUUACUUGUUGCAUUUUUAGCUCAAAUACAGAAGUGAAGUUUUGAUUGUUUUUCCCAACUCCUGCUUUUUAGAUUGUUACUUCUUCCCCUCAACUCCUUCGUUGCCAUUUAGAUGUUCUGGCAACUUGAUAAAAAUGUGUAAAUCGUCUUAGUAUGAAUGUAUCUUUUAAGGCUGUGGCACAUUUUCAUACUGAAAAAAUUACGAAAUUCAACCUUUAAUUUAAGUGCAAUUGUUAUGUGGGUGAAUUUUUUUUUAUACAAAACUACUGGAAUCCCUUACUUUAAACUGAAUGACAAUAUUAAUUUUUCUCAGUAAUUUUUUUUUCUUUCAUUUUUAUAGUGGCUGUGAACUUUUACUUACUAACCUGGGAGUUCUUGUCUGCCUGAAGCCUCACUAUACACCCACUUCUGUUAGUCUCUCUUCAGAAUAGGAAAGAAAGGACAGAGAUGCCAUAUUUAUGUGUCGUUUAAAGUCAGGGCAUUUCGACAAGAAAAUGCAAUAAUUUAGAAGUAAUACGUUUAGGUUCUUCUUUGUAGCUUAGUUUGAUUUUGUUGCGACUUUCUGUUUCCCUAAUUCAGUUAGUUUUAGUCAGUCUUUAGAGUGUGUUUGCUAGGUUUUUUUGGGGGGUCAUGGAGUGCUGUAAUUUGCCGACAAUUGAAACAAAACACUAAAACGAAGAACUUCUCUAAUUUCAGUGUGUUUAGUUACUUUUAUGAACAAACAAUAUAGUUCCAGUUGGUUAUAGACUUUCACCAUUAAUUACCAUUACUUAUUUCAGUUGGCAAAAAAUGUUUCUCAAUCUCACUUUUCUUUAUUUUGUUAGGUUUUGUUAACUGUACUAACCUUGACAUAAAAGUCUCGUAAGAAUAAAACCUUCAUAGCCACAACGAACAUGUAAGACCUGUGAUUAAGGUGUUUAAGGCCAACUUACACAUUCUUCAAGUCAUUUAAGACUUCGCAAAGGAUGUGUGAACACGCUGAGCCCAACAGAAGAAAAAAUAAUGGCAACACUUUAUUUGACAUGCAUAAGACUGACAUGACACUGUCGUUUUAUUGUUACUGCUCUACAUUCUUUGUCCUCCACAAAAAUGUGCUCACAUUAAAGGUUGGAUCAGUGUGAGAUUAUGCUACUACAAUAAAAGUCGUCACAAAGGGA